GCGAGGGAUUCUCGCCUCCUCCGCCGCCACACCUCCACCUCUCCUCUUCCUUCCCCUCGCCGCCGCCGCCUUCUCGUCGACGCAGCCAUGUCGGCGGCGCAGCAGCAGAAGCACGAGGUGGACCGGGCGACGGUGGCCGGAGCCGUGGCCGCGCUGUUCAAGUGGAUGCGCGCGCGCGCGGCGGAGGCUCCACCGAACCUCCUCGCCGACGAGCGCGACGACCUCCUGCUCCUCCAGCUCUCCCUCCGCCGCAUCCCGCCCUCACCGACGACCAAGCCGCGCCUCCUUCCGCUCCCCCACCCCGUCAUCGUCCCCGGCGAGUCGGCCUCCAUCUGCGUCAUCUCCGACGACCGCCCCAAGUCCCGCUCCCCGGCCGCCUCCGACCUGCUCGACGCGUCCAGGUCCCACCACCUCCCCGUCUCCGAGGUCAUCCCGCUCUCCGCCCUCCGCACCGACUACCGCCCGUACGAGUCCCGCCGCCGCCUCGCCGCCUCCCACGACCUCUUCAUCGCCGACCGCGCCGUCCUCCCGCUGCUCCCGCGCGUCCUCGGCAAGGCCUUCUACUCCACCAAGAAGGCCCCCGUCGCCGUCGACUUCGCCCGCACCGGGUGGCUGGAGCAGGUCCGCAAGGUGAUGAACUCGACUUUUCUCUACCUGCGGACGGGCACCUGCUCUGGGAUCAAGGUUGGGAGGCUGGACAUGAAGGAAGAGGACACCGUGGAGAAUGUGAUGGCGGCGGUGGAGGCGGCCGUGGAGAAUGUGCCCAAGAAGUGGGCGAAUGUGAGGUCUCUCCAUUUGAAGGCUGUGGAUUCAGUUGCAUUACCAAUUUACCAGGCUGUGCCGGAGUUGGGCAUGAAGAUCGAGGUCCGGUUUGCACAAUUGGAGGGAGAAGUCGGUUCCGGGGAGGUUAUCGAUGCUUCGGAAGCUGGAGCUGCACUGAAGGGUGUCGGCAAGAAGAAGGCGAAGAAGGCAUUGAAACAUGUGGAAGAAGAGAAUGCUGGUGAGGAAGCUGCACAGGAGAGUGGCAAGAGGAAGAGGGGUAAGAAGCAACUAGCUGAGGAUUUGAUGGAGCAAGACAUCCAAGAUGUGAGUGAGAAAAGGAAGAAGGUGAAGGAGGGCACCCCUGCUGCCGAAACGCCGAAGAUUAGCAAGAAGGGUAAGGAGAAGAGCAAGCGUGCAUUGGACAAGGAGGGGGAGGAUGCAAGUGUGGAGGAAGCCAGUAACAAGAAAAAGAAGGGCAAGAAAGAGGUGGUGAGUGAUGUUGGGGAGAAGAACAGCAAGGUGAAGAAAUCAAAUGGUGAUAAGGAGAAGAGAAGGACCAGAUUAAGGGUAUAGGUUUUAUUCUCUAUCUCCUGAGAGAUGCUUGUGAUAUUGGUUGAUCGACAGUGUCGUGAUGUUCAUCGUGUUGAUUAGCUGGGCUAAUCUGAUAGUUUAUCUGCUGGCAGAAGAACUAUGCCACUGUCAAGUUUUUGGUAGCCUUGUAGUACUUUAUAAGAUCUCCAAUCUACCGCAGAAUGUUCUACUUUUGUGUGCACUAGAGGUGUCUUCAAAAGUUGUAUCUUUUGUUUUUGUUAGCUUACUAGCCUGACUGCCUGAGCCUUCAGGUUAAAGAUAGUAUGGUAAAACUGUUUCUGGCUUCAUGUGGUUCGCAUCAAUUUUGUGAUCAUCUAAGAAUAUGUCUCAGUUGUUGUCUUCCCUGAAUUA